AUGCAUUUUCAAUCUCUUUAUGGCAGAAAAUGUAGAUCUCUGUUUGGAUUGAUUGAGGUUGGUGAGUCCUUAAUCCUUGGUCCCGAGAUUAUCUAUGAGGCUAUAAAGAUAGUUCGAAUCUUAAUAGAUAGAUUGAAGGUAGCCUAUAGUAUGCAAAAAUCUUAUGCUGAUAAUAGAAGAAGAGACCUUGAGUUUGAAAUUGGUGAUCAUGUGUACUUGAAGAUUUCAUCUAUGAAAGGGGUGAUGAGAUACGGUAGAAAGGGGAAUUUAAGUCCCUGGUAUAUUGUUCCUUAUGAGGUUAUACAACAGGUUGGAAAGAUUUCUGAUGAAAUAAAACUACCUAGUGAACUAGCUUCGGUUCAACCGGUGUUUCACGUUUCUAUGCUCAAGAUAUACCUAGGUGACCCGGUGUCUGUUCUAGUUAUGGAAGAUUUAGGGGUGGAUGAGAAAUUCUUCGAUGAAGAGGUUCCACUAGAUAUCCUAGAUCGCCAAGUAAAGAAGUUGAGGAACAAGGAGGUUGCCUCUAUAAGGGUUCUAUGGAGGAACCAUCUUGUCGAGGGUGCAACUUGGGAGGCUGAAGCCAACAUGAAGUUCCACUACCCUCCUCUUUUUAUUCCUUCAGGUUAG